AUGGCGCCUGAUCGCACGGGAAAGAGCGUGUUCCUGGGAAACAUCCCCUACAACCUCACUGAGGAGCAGGUCAAGGACAUCCUCAGCACCGCCGGUACUGUCACCAAGUUUCGCCUUAUGAUGAACCCUGAGACUGGGAAGCCCAAGGGCUAUGGAUUCGCCGAUUUCGCCGACGCCGACGCCGCUGCUUCGGCUGUGCGCAACCUCAACGAUUACGAGAUCAUGGGCCGCAAGAUCCGCGUCGACUGGCCUCACAACAACGAAAAGGACUCCGUGCCUACCGAUUAUCCCCAGGAAUCGCAGCCCAUUACCCAGGACCCGUCGCAGCAAAUGCAGCAGAUUCCUGGAUCUGCACCGCUUCCUCCUCUCCCGCCUGGCGCGGAGAUUCCGCCUCACCUCGACUGCCCCAAUGCCAUCUCCCACACACUUGCCGCUCUUCCGCCAAAUCAGCUCCUCGAUGUCCUCACUGAGUUCAAGAAUCUUGCUGUGAACGAUCCCAUUCGUGCAACAGAGCUCCUGCGUCAAGCUCCGCAGCUCGCAUACGCUAUCUUCCAGGCUUUGCUGUUGAUGAACCUUGUGGAGUACCAGCUCUUGGGAUCCAUUGUCGAGCAAGCUACACAAGUCGCCCCUGCUCCCCAGGCUGCUGCGUACCCGCCUUACGCAGGUGUCCCUGGCCAGACCGGUACCCCGCCCGUUGCUGGCGGCCCUUUCGCACCUCCGCCUGCGCAGCCCGCUGCUACCCAGGCUCCGAACCCACAGAGAGACGAGCUUCUCCAGCAAGUGCUCAAUAUGCCGCAGUCUAUGGUUGAUGCUCUUCCUCCCACAGAACGCCAACAGAUCAUGAUUUUGCGCCAGCAAAUGAUGGGAGGUGGCAUGCGGUGA